CUCUGCAAUCUCAACAAUCAAUUCAACUCACCUCAAGGAGCAGCAAAAACGACUUCAAUCUCCAACUUGGAGCUACAAAGAAGAAACUUACAACAGCAGUACCUCAACUGUGAUCAGAGCAAAUCAGUCUAAAAAUUGAAAUGGCUCGCUUAGCAUUCGUCUGUCUUACAAUCCUCUCUGCAGUUGCAGCUGUCUUUGCAGCCCCUGCCAAUACUGAAGGUUGUGUAACUCUGUCAGCGCCUAUUGAUGGAGCUGUUCAAACCGUGCAUUCAGUUUCUCGUCAACUCUUAGCAGUAUUCACUUGUGAUGAAGGCUAUACUGCUGUGGGAGAGACGAUCCUUUCUUGUGUCGAUGGAGAGUGGGACAAGAUACCACCACUGUGUGCAUCUGUGAAGCACUGUAACCUGAGGACAAUAAAAGAAAAUAGAAUCGAUCCUUCUCUGCUUAAAUGUGGCAAACUGAGUAGACCACGCUAUCAUAAUGGAGAAAUAGACCUACAAAUUGGAGAGGACGGGUUCUCUGAGAUUGCCACCUUCAACUGUGCCCCCGGCUACUACGUGUCUGGAUCCUCUGCCCUCCACUGUGAGAAGGGGGUCUGGGACGGUCGAGAGCCAGAGUGCAAACCUAUCGACUGUGGUGCACCAGAGGCUCCACUGAACGGCACUGUUGAGUUCAAGGACACUCACUUCAUGGCUACUGCUCACUACAAGUGUGACGCCUGCCACGCUAUGAAAGGCUACGAGACUAGAGUGUGCAAACGCAGUGGACUGUGGUCAAAGACAACUCCAGAAUGCCGACCAGCAAAUGACAUUGCUGCGUGCCCAAUCCCUGACAUUCCUGGUGGAGGGUUCAUUCCCAACGAGAACAGCCUGGUACAGAAUGGAGUAGCCUGUGGUCAGGUGAUUGAGAUCAACUGCUUCUCAGGUUGGCGUCUGAUUGGUGCCGACACUGCCACCUGUAACCCUGAUGGCACCUACUUUUGGCACGGUGUCAUACCUCGAUGCAGGCGCCUCAGGUGGACAUGAUAGGAUAAACAACAAUUCAAGACUGUAUUCACUCGAGCCAACUAAAACUGUAUAGAACAAUACGUACUCCUUGCAUAGUUCAUGUAAGAAGCAAUUUUUGCCUCCUUUUUGUGUUUUGUAAUUUGAGUAAAGAAAAAAAUUAUUUCCCAC